AUGGAUAUCAGUGUAGCUGCUCGCAUAAUAGAAAGAAUGGACCCUUCGGUAGAGCCAUGUAACGAUUUCUACCAUUUUGCGUGUGGUAAUUAUCUCAACAGGCACACAGUCCCGGAUGAUCAUUACUUGCGAUCAACCAUACAGACCAUGCAGGACGACAUGUAUAUCACACUGAAGAAACUAAUUGAACAACCAGCGAUGGCUAAUGACACUGAUGCCAUUUUGAAGGUGAAAAGACUAUACACUUCAUGUAUGAAUACAAGUAACAUAGAGGAUGGAUCCGUGAAGGUAUUGCUGGAGCUGCUUACAGACUGGGGCAUCGGGGAAUGGCCCAUCCUCAACCAUAAAUGGAACAAAAGCAGCGUAGACCUGGAAUGGCGCCUGGCUAUGCUCCACGUUCACCAAGUUCAGCCAUUUUUUCACACAUUUGUGGCGCCUGACGAUAGAAACAGCUCAGUGUAUUUGUUACACAUUUAUUCGGGUUCACCUAUCUUGAACACGCAGUAUUAUUUGAACAGUACUGACCCCGAUUACAUACGCUAUGUAAUGUCUUACAAGACGCUGAUUGCAGAAACUGUGCGGCUCCUGAAGGCGCACGAGUCCAUCGUAAAACGAGAUAUAGAAGCGAUGUUGGAAUUUGAAGUUGAGUUUGCAAACAUAUCCCAAGAUGAUCCAUUGGAUUCCUUGAAUGACACGAAUCCAGACGAUGAUUUUACUUUCAAUAAAGUGAACAUUUCGAUGCUGGAAGAGAUGAUUCCAGAGAUAAAGUGGGGCAUUUUAAUUGGCUACGUAUUUGAUUACAUUGGGUUGUCGGCAGACCAAUUGGACCUCAACAUUGUGAUACAUUGCGAAAAGUAUCUUCGGCAUCUUGUUGUGCUCCUGAACCGGACAACACCCAGAACGGUGGCUAAUUACUUGACGUGGCGAUUCGUUGCUAAGUACCUCCCAUACCUGGACAUACACUUCCGGAGAUUAUACUACGACUUCCGGAGAGAGGUUCCGAACCUGUCCGAGGAGAGGACUUUCUUUGCUCGCUGGAAGGAAUGUGUCAACCUCGUCAACGAUGGCUUCGGAAUGGCGCUCGCCUCACUCUAUGUCAAGCAAGAAUUCAAUGAGAGAAGGGAAAACGAAAUAAAAGCCCUCAUAUCAACUUUGAAAGAAGCUUUCAUCGGAGGCAUCAGACGUCAGAGCUGGUUAGAUCACGAUACGAUGAAUUCGUGUGAAGAAAAGGUCACUGCGAUGACUACCAAAAUCGGCUUCCCAAAAUACAUUUUGGACCCUGUACAAUUGGAUACAGAUUAUUCUGGACUGGAUAUAUCUGAAGACCAUUUCUUGGGAAACAUUCUAAAAAUGAAUAGGUAUGAAGUAAUUAAGGAACUAACAAAGAUGACACGGACAGUCGACAAAGAAAGGGAUUGGUUCGUCCAACCUCUUGUCGUGAAUGCCUUCUAUGAAGCAACGGGAAAUGCCGUUAUUUUUCCCAUUGGAAUUCUCCGAUCUCCAAUAUUUACUCCUGAAAGGCCAAAAUAUUUGAAUUAUGGGAUGCUUGGCGUGGUAAUUGGUCAUGAGAUCACGCACGGAUUUGACAAUAGCGGCAGGAAGUUCGACAAGGUGGGAAACCUGACACAAUGGUGGACGGAUGAAAUUCUGGAGAAAUUCAAAGAACAGGCCUUCUGUUUCGUAGAGCAAUACUCACAACUGCCCAUCGAGAUGGUAGGACAAAAUGUUAAUGGCAAUAACACUCUCGAUGACAACAUCUGUGAUAAUUCAGGUCUAAAACAAGCAUAUUGGGCAUACAGAAACUACGUGUCCAGACAUGGUGAUGAGCCCAGUUUACCGGGAAUCACAUAUUCCAAUGUGCAAGUGUUUUUUCUUCAGUAUGCUCAGAUUUGGUGUGAAAUUUUAAGCAAAGAAGCCAAUGAAAGAUACAUAAAAGACAACCACAGUCCUGGAAAAUACAGGGCCAAUAUUCCAUUGAUGAACUCGCCAGAAUUUUCCUCGGCCUUCAACUGUCCAAUCGGAAGCCCAAUGAAUCCAACAAAGAAAUGCAGACUUUGGGGUUAAAUUGAAUGCACGACAAGUUGACUCACCCCUUUGGCAUGUUAGACGACGCUGACAAAAAGAACAUUCUCAAACAAAGUUGAACUUUACAUUUGUACCUGAGACAUGUUGUAGACUGUUAUACAUAAGGAAAAAAUUUACUAAAACAACGAAUUCGUUGAGCAAGCAAAAAAUGGCGAUGAGUUUAAAAUAAUUUUUCUAUGAAGUUCACAGUUUUCUGUAGCUAUGCAAACAUGCUGCGAUAGCUACUUACAGCAAUAUCGGUUACUGCUUACAUGUUCCAAAGAAAUGGCACUAAUCAGAAGUUUGUUCAGCAAUUGGAUCGAUAGAUAGACACUAAGAGAACACAUUGUAUUCUUUACAAGGACUUUUCUCAACCAAGUUGCUGUUGUAAUGAUUCAACCCCAAUUUGAUUAUUUUCAACAGCAGCCAGUUCUAAGUAGUUUUUUCGAAUGUUGAAAAAAAAUAGCUGUGUGAUAAAAGGAAUUUCAGUAAUUCGUUUUCUAAUCCUUUUCCGGAUAUUAUUUAUUCACAGCAGGGAGCGUAUAAUAUUUUUUUAAUGUUCUCUAUAAGAGU